AAUGUAAAAAAGGAGAAAAUUAAAACCCUAAAACAAGAACAACUCAGCAGUUCUCAUCAGCUUCGGCCCCUUCUAUUAAACAAGCUGUAGUCGCUCCCACUCCACUCUCCUCGCCGGGAAAUCAACCGGAGUUGGUCAUCGGAAGCCAGAAAAGUUUUUAGUGAAAUUACCAAUUCAUCUUCAUGGCUAAUAAUCCAUCACAGCUUCUUCCAUCAGAGUUGAUUGACCGCUGUAUAGGUUCAAAAAUAUGGGUGAUAAUGAAAGGUGACAAGGAGCUUGUUGGUACUCUUAGAGGCUUUGAUGUCUAUGUCAACAUGGUUCUUGAAGAUGUUACUGAAUAUGAAAUCACUGCUGAGGGGAGAAGGAUAACUAAGCUGGAUCAGAUUUUACUCAAUGGAAACAACAUUGCCAUUUUGGUCCCUGGUGGUUCACCUGAUCCAGAAUGAAUAAUGCGACUUGGUUACCUCAUUUUUAACUCUUAUCUGUUGCACUAGAUGCAUAAUACCUAUAUUUUAAAGAUGAUUCUGAGGCAAGCUAGGUUUUUUUUUCUUUCCGUGAGCUUGUUUAAGGAUACAUGAUCGUAGUAACUAUUAAACCUUUAUCAUUAUGUUGAAUUGUGGAUUGUCCAGUGUAACAAGCUAUGAUAUUGAUUAUAACAAUCAACAAUGCACCUCUA